AGAUGACUUGUGAUGAUUGGAACAGUUAUAUUCAAGUGAACAUUUAUGGAAAAACCAUAGAAGGACUUCAGCAGCAAGGAGUUGUGUUGGAAUCUCUUUUGAACAACGUCGGCUGCUCUAAAGUUUGGAUCAUGGAGGGCUCCGUCUGCACAAAUCCUAGACCCGAAAGCUCUACACAUUCUGAAGAAAGUACAAUCGAACCAGUUGUACCACUAAGUACAACUCUGGCCACUAACAAGCUUCCUCGAUUUUCAACUCCUGCUAUCGGCCAUUCAAAUAAUAAUUCCAGUAAAAAUUUCACAUUGAAUUUGGCUGAGAAGCUCUCAGAGAUACUAUCGGAUGACGAUAAAACUGAUGAAUUCCUGGAGAACUCUCAUCAAUCCGAAACUUCGAAGGACGACGUGAUUAAAGAUUUGCUCGAAGAAAUGGUACAAACGGUUGCCAAUUCUAAUAAACCUCCGAUUCUUUUGAGCACAACUCUCGCAAAUGUUGGUGUUCCCCGCUUUUCAACUCCCAUCAAACCACAACAUGCAUUGAAUCGAGAUUUCACGAUGAACAUGACAGAAAUGAUUUCCGAAAUCGAUUCGAAUUAUGAAGGUUAUGAAUUAUUCGACGAUUCCUCCAAUGACUGUACCACCUUGACCCCCAACUGCCAGGAGGUCGAAUCGUCAUUUUAUCGAGCACUUUCUGAAGCAGCUAGUUCCAUUGUUCCAUAUCAGGAAGGAAAGAGAAGAAGCUCGAGACGUUUGAGUACUCUGAGUAGUCUCAAGGAAACUGUCAAAGUAGAGCCUGCAGUUUCAAAAUUAACGAAGAGAAGACGGCUCACACCGGUUGAAUGUUCAAGUGAAACUAUGAUUCCACACUCCCAACCAAUACCACUGGAUACUUGCUCAGAUCAACCCAUUUUUCCCAAUUCGACACACAAUGCUAUUCAAUCUGAUGGAUUCUCAUAUGAACAACCUAUUUGUGAAUUUGGAGAUAGUCAAUUGUUUUUGUCAGCAAAAAGUCUUUGCACUGAGCCGAACAGUUCUAUUGCUGAGGAUGUGAAGCCGGUUUUGACAGUUUCGGAUUCCGACAUAACAGCUUCCAACAGGAAUAAUAUCGAUGAUCAUAAUCGAGUCAUAGAACUGUCAACUGAGCAUAAGACAAUGGGAGAGUUUCAAUAUAAUUUCGAUGAUGAGGAUACUGUGCUGAUCGGAAAUUAUGAAGAAGUUGGAACAGAAAUUGAUGAGGCAGAUGAACAACAUAAUGAGGAGAACAGUGAAGAUGAUGAAGAGGAUGAGAGCCCGAUUCCUUCAAAAAAGCGAGUUUCGUUUGCUGUUCCACUUGUUCAAAGUCGCUCCAAACAAAAGGAUGAAAUGAAUAAAGUUCAUAUCAUUAAAUGCCAUUUUGAUAAGUGUAACAAAUCGUACAAUUGGCGCAAAAAAUACGGUAAACUACGUCUUGUGGAUCACGCCUUCACUCAUGUCCCUCACUUGAAAAUGAAGUGCAAUUUUUGUGAUUACAUGUGCAAAGGAAUUAGAAAUAUUAGGCUUCAUCACAAGAAAAGUCAUCCUGAUGAACAAUUAACGGGAUUUGGUAUCAAAAGUGUGGUCCGUACUUCGAAAAAAGGAAAAGACUUGGCGAAGGUUUGGGAUGAAUGUUUUAAAAAAAAUCGUGUCCUUCAACAUGGAUCUGGUACCGAUUCAAACCUAUUGCAUUUCUCAAGACAAGACAAAGGAUCUAAAAGAUCACAGAAAUCUAUGGAUUCUGGUGCAAAACAAAAAUUGGAUGAAGCUAGGGACGAGGAUGUGAAGCCAUUUUAUUUCUUCAGAAUUCGAUGAGCUUCGUCGUCGGGCCGUCUGCUUUUUGUAAAUUGUGUCUCAUGUGUUAUUAUCGUUGAUGUUAUAUUAUGUUGUUUUUAAUGCAUUCUAUGCGACUUUUCUUUUAAUAAUUCUGAAGGUCUUCAUUUUAUCACCGCUUUAAUUUAUAAUUACGACAUGUUGUUUCACUCAAGUUUGAAAAUAUUUCUUGCUAAGACCUAC